UACAAGCAUAUCUUUUUUUUUUCAUCUGGCAUGCUUAUGAUUGCACUAUUGUAAUGUUGGUUUUUACGUAAAGGUAAAAGUACAUAUCAAAAUAAGUUCUCAUGCAUGACCUUGUUCAGAACUAAGGCUUCAGGGAAUUAAUGCAGGCAUGUUGGCUGUAAUGAUAAUAAAACUAUCAUAUUUUGCUUUUGUCAGAUGUAUACACAACUGUACAACCGUUUAGGAAGAUCUUUACAGCUUUUUCCAUCUUGGAAUAAACUUUCAUUUCAAAACCUUUUUUUUUUUUCUCAGUUCUAAUGUGAUCACUAUUAUCAUUGUAUAACCUGUAUUGUAGUCUGUGUUUUGACAAUCAACAUAAUUUUUUUUUUUGCUUGAGGUACCUAAUAUCAAAGUCACGAUGAAGCACAGAAGAAAAAGUGUUCACGCACACACGAAAUGUCUUGUUAAAUUACAUUUGAAUCAUUUGGUAGCAAUCUUAUAAAAACGUUUUUUUGUCAUAAACCUUUUUUUAGAUGUUAAUUACUUGACUUAACCCUGAAUGACAAUUGGCUGUGAAUGUGCAUAAAGUCGCCAUACUCAGACAUGCUUUAUGCCCAGCAGCAGAGUGUGGAUCCCACAGACACCCUGAAGUGGACGAUAUGGGGAUUAGGAGGGCGCAGGGAACAGCAAAGCCGCCAACACAGUUACCUCUAGUGUACUUGUCCGCUUCUUUUUACUCAAUUACAGUUACACAAUUACUGAAUAAAAAACACUGAGCUCAUCAAAAUGCAUUUAAAAAAGCAAACCGAGAGAAAUGGACCAAGAUAAGUUUGUUUUUUAAUUCACUCGUCUAAAAAUAUCUAUACAGUGGUCUUGCUCUUGUGACACUCCCUUUCUUUCUCUCACACUCUCUCGUACCGAAGCCCACCUCUCAGUUGCCCUCCCCCAAAGAGUGUCAUCAUGACACGUAGCUUUGAAAUACUCUGACAGGCACAGAAUUGCUCAUACUGGCGCUAAGCGUUGACGAAGCCAGACUAUUGACAAGGACAUGUGUCAUUUUAUUGCUUUGCUCAUCUCACGUUAACAAAUGGAGGGAUGGCAGCUGAAUAUACUUGCACUGGUGUGACUGAGGAACAGAGAGGGAGUGAAAUCACCAACCUUGCCAGGGGAAAGAUGGAAAGGAUUACUCUAAACAGGACAUCUUGAUCUUUUUUGCACCACCUGAGGUGGUCUGCAUCAGAUUUCAGUGAGGUGACCCGCAGAUCAACUGUUUCACAUUCAGCAUCACUCUCUCAAUGCACUUGAAAAACGCUGGAUGUGUGUUCGCUUCAUCGAGACCACAGGAAGCGCACACAGUCCUAUUCAACUCUCCGAUGAUGAGUGGCUCACCUAUCCCUCGAGUAGAGGCAGGAUCAGUUGUGGAUGCCAGGAAUGUUCCCAGGAGCUUCAAUGACAGUGGUACUAUCGGUGAUGGCUGGAGCAUUAGUGGCAGCGGUCCCUGGCUUCUCGCAGUCAUGCUGUCCCUCAUAAUUCUGGUGACAGCUUGUGGGAACAUUUUGUUGAUUGCCUUGGUGUUCGCACAUCGGUCGCUGCGCUGCACCUCCAAUUGCUUCCUAGUGUCCCUCUUCCUGUCAGACUUGAUGGUGGCUUUGGUCGUGAUGCCCCCUGCUAUGCUCAACGUGCUGUGUGGGACCUGGGUGCUGGCGCCCGGAUUCUGCCCCGUCUGGCUUUGCUUCGACGUGAUGUGCUGUAGUGCCUCCAUUCUCAACUUGUGUGUUAUCAGUCUGGACCGCUACCUCCUCAUCAUCUCUCCGUUGCGAUACAAACAGCACAUGACCCCGCCUCGUGCCUUGCUUUUGGUAGGUGGGGCUUGGGGGUUGGCAGCCCUCACGUCCUUUCUGCCAAUAAAGAUGGACUGGCACAGUCUUGGUCGCACACAAGACCUUUCCGAGAACAAUCCAGCCAAUGCCACAGUCUCGCAGUUGAGUUUCCUCUACCCCUCUUCGUAUUUCCACCUUACCACGUCAGGGAUGCUGUCCAUGCAGUGCCGCCUGCGGGUGACUCUCCCUUUUGCCCUCGUGGCGACCUUUCUGACCUUCUUCUUGCCUUCUACAGCCAUAUGUUUUACUUACUGCCGGAUCCUGUUGGCGGCCAGAAGACAGGCACGACAAGUGGAGGCUCUUACGCAUCCUACUUACCCACAUCAUUCACCAGGCGAACCAUCUCAUCCUCUUUCUCCUGGUCAUGCCAUCCAGGAUGGAGAUGACUACAGCCAUCAGGAGCCACCCGUGUUGCGGCAAGCUCUGUUGUCGGUGAACAGUGAGCGCAGACUGGCACACAGGCAGAGGAAGAGAGCUCUGAAAGCCAGUCUUACCCUUGGAGUACUCCUGGGUCUCUUCUUCAGUGCCUGGCUUCCCUUUUUUAUCACCAACAUGGCACAGGCGGUGUGUGAGUGCGUACCACCUUCCUUCUUCGAUGCCAUCACCUGGCUGGGCUACUGUAACAGCACCAUGAACCCAAUUAUAUACCCAAUGUUCAUGAGGGAUUUCAAGAGGGCUUUGGCACGGCUUCUACCCUGCUGUUCUUCAUCUCAAGCCCCUCGUAGGCCAUCGUUGCCACUUUCCCUUUCUCUACGCAACUCAGGGGAGCCACAACUACCCACUGAACCCCCCUCCCUUGUGUCCGACCCGCCUCAACUACCAGCGACGGCUACAGACGCUGUUAACCUUCUCGAUGCAGAACAUGCUGGGAUUAACCUGCCUCUGCUGCUGCCCAACCAGGUCGAUACAGUAGACGACUGAUACGCCAACUGAGACAACAAAAGAAGCGCAAUAUACUAGUGUUGUCAAAGUCGGUACUAAAAAAAUUUAAAUGUCACGGUAACAGGUUUCUUUAAGUACCGGUGGUACCGAGGACCCGGUAAAACCCUGGUUCUUGGCGCAUACAGCACUAUGACUUCCACGAAGCAGAAAACGCGGACGGAAUCUCAAAAUCCAGACAUGAAAAUGAAUCUUACAUUUUAAUAUGGACAGUCACGGAAUUUGUCAAAGUUAGCAUAAAUUAAUCAAAUCUCCAUAUGGACCAGUAUCUAUAAAGGUUAAGCCAUAAAAGUUAAGUUAUUGAAAUAUGAAUCCUGCAUGUUCUGCGCGUCUCUGUGUGAAUGAAUGCAUGGCAGAGACGUGCGGGUUUGUUUACUACACAGACUGAAGCACGGGACGCUAAUAAUAAAGUAAUUUCAGCAUCUGCCAUCUCAUUAAGGACAUCAAUACAUAAAUAACAUCACCAGAACUGUUC